AUGGCCUACGGAAAGUCAAAUAUCUUGGAGGUUGGCAGAUCGAUGUACAAGUACCCAUGGCUGGAAUAUCCAGAAAGGGCCAAAGAAUUCCGAAAGGCCAUGGCUCCUGUUCACCUGCCCCUGUCCUGCUACCAGAAACCAAAGGAAGAGAUUCCCCCAAGUCCAGAGUGCUGGAGGCAGCACCCGAGCAGGCCAAACUCAGUACCUUACUGCUACUUCAAGAAGCCUGAGAUCUACACGCACUGGCGUACCCUGUAUGAUCAGCGACAGGAACGGGAGGCCCAGAAGAUGUUACGGAAAACGAGAGAUCACCCUAGGUACCUCAAAGGGGCUGCUGCCAUACAAAAAUUCCAUCUCCCCAUGAGCAAGUUGACUAUAAAAUCUGAGGUGGCAUCCAAGGUCUUAGACCCUACUGGGGACCCCUUGAAGUGGCAAAGAUUAAAGGAACUCACAAGAAGCCUGAAAUCUCCCAGAGAGGAUGAGCAGCUCUAUGCAGCACAGGCUCUAGGGUGCCUGGGAAUCAGCGACAAGUUUGUCAUGGACGCACUAUGGCAGGUGGCCCAAACUGGUCCAGAGAAAGUGAAGUAUGAGGCUUGUCGAACCCUAGCCAUCCUGGGUUGCCUGAAUAAGUACGUGAUCCAGGCUCUCAUCAAGCAGUUGAAGAGGCAAAAUGAGGGGCAAAGGAUGGAUACUCUGACAGGACUGCAAGCGGCUCUGAACUCCUGGGCUGCUGUCCCCAAAGACAAGAGGACUCAAGUUGGGAACGAAGGGAAGUUGGUGCCUGUGCUGCAGACGCUGAUAAAGAAGUCAUCAAAUGAAGCAGCCAUGGAGGCAGCCCUGUGCUUGGGUUUCCUGAGGCCACACAAUAAAAUAGCCCGAGAGUUCUUGCUGCAGUCCCUGUGCCAAGGGCCCAAGACCCAGAGGAUGAAGGCACUUAGGAUGCUGGUCAAGAUGAUGCAUGUGCACUCAGCCGCAGUCAUCACAGCUAUCCUACACCAGCUGUGCUACUCCAGUGUCCUUGAGCACCGCUUUGAAGCCACCCAGAUGCUCAAGACCAUUGGGCUGGAACAGAUCCAGGCACAGGGGCUGGAGGGACUCACAUUUGACUCGCUCAGGAGGAAGAUGUAUAAUGAACCCUUCCUUGCUAUCAGGCAGGCUGUGGCUGAAACUGUGGAAAAGCUCAAGAUGAAGCCUACGAUGAUGAACUUGGUGGAAGCGCAAUUGAUGAACUCAGAUGCCAUUGCACGCCAGGAAGCAAUCAUCUCUUUGGGCGUCCUGGGGGUCCGUAGCCCACAAGUGUUCCACUUGCUCCUAGACAUGCUAGAUGUGGAAAAGAACCAGCCUGUGAAGAAGAGGCUACAAGAAACAUUAAUUCUUUUGGCUUCAAUUGAUCCCUGGAUCCAAAACAAGCUGAAGAACAAGGUUCUCUUUGUAUAUGAGGCACCUAGGACCAAUGAGAAGGCAGAGCCCACAAGGUUCCGAAAAGAGCCUGUGAAGCCAGAAGAGUUAAAAAUCCAAGACUGCCACCUUGCACAGCUGAACCUGUUUGACGCAAAGUCUAGCACCACGUUGGACCAACAGAAAAAGUUGAGUGCCCAGAAAGGGUUUGCCUCCUACCUCACAUCUGCUUUCCCACCCUGUUUCUCUAAACCACUAAAACAAAAGUCACAGGUCAUAGGGCCCUGGACGCCAGAGAUCAGGAGACAGCUCCAGACCCUUGCUAAAACCUCCAAAUAG